AGCGUAUAAGAGACGCGACCAAAGAGCGCAAAACUCACGCAUACAAAGCCAAAAGCUCGGCUCAAAUUGUGCUCGAAGCGCGCAUAGACACAUACACACACGCAUGCUGCUGCUGCUGCCGCUGCGUGUGUGAGUGUGUGAGUGUGUAAGACUUACCGCCGCAGCGUCGUUUCGUGCGCUUUAAAACCUUUCUAUAAAAAUUUCAUAAACGUAUCAGUUGUCUGCGAAGCGGUGCACAAAACGGACGUCACACGGAAGGUGGCAAAACGUAACAAACAAACAAAAAAAAAAAUAUUAAUAAGAAAUACAAAAUCUCGUGUGUUUAUAUAUAAAGCAUAAAAUUUAUAUAUUUAUAUAGGAAAUUAAAUUUCAAACGCCAGCCUCAAUUACUUAUUGUGUAUUUAACGUCGCGUUUUUUUGGUUUUCUGCAACAUUUUGUAGUCACAAUUUGGACAUUUGAAAUUCGUUGGCAACACAAUUGAUUAUAUAUAAACUUGUUGCAAGCGCGCGCGCGCGGCAUGUUGGCAUACAUUUAGCAGCGACUGUUUUUCUUUGUUCAACAGUGGCUCCAAACUACGUACGUACGUAGAUUCGUGUCUCUUUCUCUCUCUGUGUGUGUGUGUGUGUGUGUUUAUAACGCGUGUGUGUUAAAGUGCAUUUACUCUGUGAUAUGGAGCAGCAGCGCUGGCGUCUUGGCAACAUUUCAUAGCUUAGCUACAUGUUGCUGCAACAAACUACGAAAGCGGAGAUUGACAAAACACUUUUGUCCAGAGCGUACAUUGAACUAUUGUUGUUGUUGUCAUUCUGAUUGUUGUUAACGUGGUUAAAGAUAAGUCUAGUUGUGCACAUUCCCAAUUCGCAUCAAGGAUGACCACCAUGCCGGUGGUGUGGUGCACCGAUCCGAAUUCGGUUAACAACAAGCCGACUGCAUUUGCCCUGCACGGCAUACAGCUGCAGGGCAAUGUCACCGAGAAGCAGGUGAAUGCAUUACGCGAACUGGUGAAUGCGGCCGCCGAGGGACGUCUUAUACUGCCCUCGGAUGGCACAUUUAUGCUGCUCGACAGCGGCCUCAGCAUCGAGAGCUCUAUUUUGGCCGGCAAGCAGACGCCCGAGCAGACGCCCAGCAGCCACAUGGAGACCACUAAGAACACGAAGAAUACAUAUAUACUGAUGCCGGUUAGCAAUAAUAAGAGCACAAGCAAUGCCACAACAACAACAACAACGGCAACAAAUGCCGCAACAACAACAACGGGCAGUGGGCGUGGCCAGUGCACACCGGCGGCCAUUGCUGCCGCCGCAGCACAAUUGGAAUUUCUGUUGGAGCCAAAAUAUUCAACAUUAACGCCGCCCAAUUCAACGCCCAGCUCGCUGGCGGACACCACCGGCUCGGAGCCGGGCAAUGAGAUACUGUACGAGUUUCUGUGCUGUGCCAAGUGCAUGAACGAGCAGCGUGCGGGUCAUAACGGCACUUGCGGCAGCCGGCGACUGCAGCGCUUCCUGCGGCACUGCAACAGUGGCAACAGUGCAAGUGGCAGCAACAGGGCAAGUGGCAGCAAUAUGGAGCCGCCGCAGUUCAAUGAACCGGCGCUCGAUCUGAAUCUGAAUUUGAAUGUGAAUCCUGUGUGCAGCAUUGCCAGCAAAUAUGCGCGACGUCAGCAACAGCUGCGUCACAAACAGCUGGCGACCAUCUCAAUGGGCAUUGCACGUAAUCGGCCCAAUGACCGUCGUCAUCAUGGCAAAUUACCCAUGCACAGUGUGAAAAUCUUUCAUAAUCGCAGCAGUUACACUACCACGAGCGUGGGCGUGCCAACAACAACAACAACGACGACGACGACUCCCAGUGAUAGUCGCCCAGCAACAACAAUAACAGCGACGGCGACGUCGACGGCAGCAGCAGCAACUAGCGCGAGCGCCAGCUUUGCGGCGGGCAGUUUAACGGCGACAGCGGCGCUGUCAACAACACAACAGCUGCCCAGCGGAACGCCGCUCUACGCGAUUGUGAGCAAAAAGCGUGACGCGACCAUUGAAAACUAUGAAAAGAACAGCAGCAGCAACAACAACAACAACUCAAACAACGUCAUGUUAGCUGCUGUGCCUGAGGAGCCCAGCCCCUCGAGCACGACGGUUCAAGAUCUAAUCAGCUUUGACGAUGAUGAACCCAUUGAACCACAAAAUGCCAGCUUAGCCAAUCCAGCAGCAGCAACAACAACAACUGCAACUACAACAACUGCAACUAGCAACAACUGUGAUAGCCAACAAGUGGAUCUGUUGUGCGCGCCCAACGAUGUGGCCGGGCUGCUGUCCACGCUGCUGGUGACGCCGCCGCCAACGCCGCCGAAGCCCAAUUCGCCGGGCUCGAAUAGUUCCAGUCGCAAGACAAGCUUUGAUUCCACCUGCACCGUCAGCUCGCUGGACUCGGGCUUUAUGGAGAUGCAGAACAAAUUGGAUGCCUUGGCUGCCGCGGCGGCUGUUGCUGCCGGCGGUGAGAAGAUCGCGCGACGCAACUACAAGGAAUGUCUGACGCAGUCGCGCAAUCGCCGCAAAUCCUAUGAAGAGUUCAAAGCCAUGUUUGCCGAGGUGACGCAGCCGGAAGCGCUGGCGCGGCUCACACGGCGACGCUGCGGUGCCAUGCAGGAGCAACUGCAGCAGCAGCAGCAACAGCAGCAAUUGCAGCAACUGCAGCAGCAGCAGCAGCAACAAGUGGGUGCAAGUGCUGAGCUGGCAGCAGCGGCGGCCAUGCCCGUGGCGGCAGAUGACGCAACGGCAGCAGCAACAACAACAGCAACAACAACAGCAACAACUACAAACGGCAAUAACAGCGUGUUGACAACGCUCGCCUCAAUAUCAGAACAAGAAACCACAAACAACAACAACGACAAGAGCAACAACAACAAGAGCAAACCGGAU